AUGUCUUCCAGCAAUGACGUCUACCAGACCCCUCUGAACUCGCGGUAUGCAAGUGAUGAGAUGAAAUAUCUCUUCUCCCCGAGAAACCGAUUCUCAACAUGGAGACAAUUAUGGCUGUGGCUCGCAGAAUCCGAGAAAGAGCUCGGCCUGGCCAUCACCGACGAAGCCAUUGAGCAGAUGCGGAAUCACACCACCAUAAAAGACGAGGAAUUUAAGGUCGCCGCUGAGGAGGAGAAGCGCCGGAGACACGAUGUCAUGGCCCAUGUGCACGCCUAUGGUCAGGUUGCUCCUGCAGCUGCUGGAAUCAUCCACUGGGGUGCUACCUCGUGCUACUGCACGGACAAUGCGGAUCUUAUCUUCCUGCGGGAUGGCCUGAACAUCCUUAUUCCCAAGCUGGCGGUUGUCAUUGACAAGCUGUCUGCUUUCGCCAACCAGUACAAGGAUCUGCCCUGUCUCGGUUUCACCCACGGACAGCCAGCGCAGCUUGUCACGGUCGGAAAGCGGGCCUGCUUGUGGAUUCAGGACUUGCUGAUGGAUCUGAGGAACCUCGAGAGGGCGCGUGAUGAUCUGCGCUUCCGUGGUGUCAAGGGCACAACUGGUACCCAGGCUUCUUUCCUGCAGAUCUUCAACGGUGAUCACGAGAAGGUUGAGAAGCUGGAUGAGCUUGUUACCGAAAAGGCCGGAUUCGACUCCGCCUUCAUCAUUUCCAGCCAGACAUACUCUCGAAAGAUCGAUGUUGACGUAGCCAACGCCCUUGGCUCCUUCGGCUCCACCUGUGAGCGCAUCGGUAUCGAUAUCCGCCAUUUGGCGAUGCUCAAGGAGGUCGAGGAGCCUUUUGAGAAGGACCAGAUUGGCAGCAGUGCAAUGGCUUACAAGCGUAACCCUAUGCGGUCCGAGCGUCUCUGCUCGCUGGGCAGGCACCUCCAGAACCUCCCCAAGGACGCCCUGGAUACCUACUCCGCACAAUGGUUUGAGCGUUCAUUGGAUGACAGUGCUAUCCGCCGGAUCAGUAUCCCCGAGCUCUAUCUCUGCGCGGACGCGUGUCUUAUCCUCCUGAACAACGUCACCUCCGGUUUCGUGGUGUACCCUGAGGUCAUCAAACGUCGUGUGAACGACGAGCUUCCAUUUAUGGCAACUGAGAACGUCAUUAUGGCCUGCGUCAAGAAGGGUCUCUCCCGCCAGGACGCCCAUGAGGAAAUCCGUGUCCUCUCCCACCAAGCCGCCGACAACGUCAAGAAGCUCGGUAAAGACAACGACCUCCUCGACCGCAUCCGUCGCACCGAAUUCUUCGCCCCUAUCCUCGACCAGCUCGACGCCCUCCUCGACCCCAGCACCUUCGUCGGCCGUGCCCCUCAACAGGUUGAGAAGUUCACCUCCACGGAGGUCAAGAAGGCUCUUCAGCCCUACGAAUCCCACCUCGCCAACGCCGAGACCUCCGCUCUCCACGUCUAG